CCCCCCGGGAGACCUCCCCAGGGAGACGUGGGGCAUUGUUUCCUUCCCCCCAUGCCCGGGCUGGGUGGGCGGUGCUGGCGGGGGGGAAGGCAGCGCCUUGCCUCGGUCGAUUGCUGCCCCCUGAGCCGGCGCGGGGGGCUAUGAAGCACCAUGGUGUGGUGUGACCGUGGGGUCCAGAUGCUGCUGACCACGGUGGGAGCCUUCGCCGCCUUCAGCCUCAUGGCCAUCGCCAUCGGCACCGACUACUGGCUCUACUCCAGCGCCCACGUCUGCAACGGGACCAACCUCAGCACGGAGGAGACGCAGAGCCAGCCCCGCAAGGCGAAGGGGGACCUCACUCACUCCGGGCUCUGGCGGAUCUGCUGCCUGGAAGGAAUCUACAAAGGACAUUGCUUCCGAAUCAAUCAUUUCCCUGAGGACAAUGACUAUGACCAUGACAGCUCGGAAUACCUUCUCCGUAUUGUCCGCGCCUCCAGCGUAUUCCCCAUCCUCAGCACAAUAUUGCUAUUACUGGGAGGACUCUGUGUCGGAGCAGGAAGGAUUUACAACAGCAAAAACAACAUUAUCCUCAGUGCUGGGAUUCUGUUUGUUGCAGCAGGACUAAGUAAUAUCAUAGGGAUCAUUGUCUAUAUAUCAAGCAACGCAGGUGACCCAAGUGAUAAGAGAGAUGAGGACAAAAAGAACCACUACAACUACGGCUGGUCUUUUUACUUUGGAGCUUUGUCUUUUAUUGUGGCUGAAACCAUAGGAGUACUGGCAGUGAACAUUUACAUUGAGAAAAACAAAGAGUUGAGAUUUAAAACCAAGAGGGAAUUCCUUAAGACUUCUUCCUCUUCCCCUUAUGCCAGGAUGCCAAGCUAUAGGUACAGGAGAAGGAGAUCCAGAUCAAGCUCCCAAUCUACAGAGCCUUCUCCGUCUAGGGACAUUUCUCCAGUUGGCAUGAAGAUUGCCAGUUCCAUCCCUAUGAAUGAAAUUUCUAUGUACACUCUGUCCAGAGAACCCUUGAAGGUUACAACUGCAGCCAGUUACAGUGCGGACCAAGAAGCCAGCUUUCUGCAGGUCCACAACUUUCUUCAGAAGGAAUUUAAAGAAGGACUCCACAUCAGUAUGGUUAACAGGAGAACAACGCCUGUCUGAAGGGUUUGCUUUCUCUCUCUCUCUCUUUUUUAAAGUGUCAAAACAGAAUGGAGCCUUCAAAAAAGAGAAGGGGCAAUUUAAAAUCCUUCUCAAAACAGAACUUGUGCUGGGAUAGCAAACGGAGACCUUGGAAUACUGGAAUGGCCUAAAAUUAUUGUACAUUCAUAGCUGUUUUAAAAGCUAUUUGGAGUUUGUUUCAUUAAAGUUCCCGGUGUCACAAGAAAGUGAAAGCAGCUCACGUCCCUGCAGUCUUGUAGUGUAUACAAUGUGUCGGAGAAACUGGAAAAGAGUUAGCUACCAGGGCGUUUUAAAGAAUUACAGAAGAAUUGCAGUGUGAUUUUUUUAAAUAAAGUCCCUUAAAAUAAUUAUAAUUCAUCGCCAAAUCCAAAGCGUAUCACAAACAGAGCUCUUCAAAACUACGAUCCAGUUUCCUUUCACACAGGGAAGAGGGAGCAGAGGUCUGUCUCAGAAGCAACUGCCUCCUCAAGAAAAUAAAAUCUAGAAGGCAAAACUAUUUGCAGCCAGCUUGUGCUACCGAACUGUAGCACGCCAAUGUACUGCGUGUUGCAGCAUCCUACAGUGGGCAAGCAACAGCGGUCAGUACUGCCUCCACUGUUAGAUCCCUGUGCAAUAGAACCAAGGAGCUGAUGGAGCCAAUGCAGAUGAAGCAGUGAGCAUAGGGUGGAUGCAUCCUAAAAUAAUGAAAUGGUGCGGGGUUAAAGCGCAAGCUGCUCCAACGUAUUGGCAAAUAUCAUUUCUUGCCUAAAGUUUAGAACACUUGAAUUGUCUCAUUGCUAAUAGACCGAGAGCCUGAUCCUCCCAGGUGCUGAGUGCUUCCUGCAUGUACAGGGUGCACCCUACCUCUCAGGAUCAGUCUCCUAUACACUACGUGUUGCAGGAACAGGAAACAGCUGGGCCUGCGGGAACCAAUACCUGUGAAAUUGAAGAUUCCGCAAGGGUUGCACAUUACUUUUUUCUUGACGCUUCACAAGUGCAACACUCAUGCUAGUGCAAGUUAAGGUAUCUAGGCUACGUGUGUAAGAAAAGGGAAAGCUAAUCCACUGAUCCAAUAUACUAUUCGGAGUGGUGAACAUUUCUGCAAAAUGCGGACUUAUAGGUCAUGUAAUGACAAUUUUAAAAGAUAGAACAAAAAUAAUUGCAGUUUACUAGAUAUUUAUUAAACUUUUUAUUAUGAAGAAGCACCCUGGGGUGCAAGUUGCAGUUGUUUUUGUGCCGAAACAGUGGUUCAAAGUAACAUAAUUUAUUCUGGAAUGAUGGAAUUCACUAAGUGCAGAGAGGCCCACAGGACCCUGUACGUAACUUACGGUGGGGAAAAACGUGGAUUUGUGGGUUUUGGUUUGUUAUUUGCUUUUUUAUGAUUUUUCUAAAAAGGGCUGAAAUAUUUUCUCUUUUAAAUUCCUAUUUCAUUUUUACAUUAGACAUUGUGAUGCUCUCCUCAGGGAAGGCGAGUAUUCUCUCUAAGCCAGCAGGCUGGAGGGUAUUCUGCCUCUUUACAGCCAGCGGAUUUGAUAAUUUCUAUGAAUGUCCAGAGAGAGGAACUGGACACUGCAAAGCCACAUUCCUGUGGAACUGGAGUUCACUGAAAGUUACCUGCAAGGCAAGAUUUAAAUUAGCACAAUUUCAAGGCAUUUCCUGGUCAGGCAGACAGACUGGAGUGACAGGGAGCUCUCACACAGUUUAAGGGACCCUGAGGAGAGCAUCAAAGACUUGUAGGCUGGGAUUUUCAAAAGACUCUAAGGGCUUGAUCGAAAGAUAAUUGAACUCAGUGGAAGUCCUUCCACUGACUUCAAUGGGUUUUGGGCCAGGCCUCAUGGAAGCUAAGGAUCCAGCUCCUUUGAAGAGACCAGCCCUAGGUCUGGUCUACUCUACAGACCUAUAUCGGCAUAACUAUGUGAAAAAUCCACACCCCAUAGCGACAUAGUUAUACUGACCUAACUCCCCAUGUAUACAGCGCUAUAUUGGCAGGAGAGCGUCUCCCACCGACAUAGCUACUGCUUCUCGGGGAGGUGGAUUAACUAUGCCGACAGAAGAGUUCUCUCCUGUUGGCAUACAGCAUCUUCAUUAAAGCACUGCAUCAGCGCAGCUGCAUCAAUGCAAGCGUUUUAAGCGUAGAGUUGCCCCUAGGUCUUGUCUGCCCUGAAACCUCUGUGGUGAAUGGUGGACUAAUGAAACAACAUCACACGAGCCAAAACUGUAAAAGUUAAACAGCUGAGGGUUGGAGUCCUCAGGCAGACUGUUUAAAAUGCUUUGUUUGUGAACCCCUACUUAAAGUCAAGGAUUAAGUGAUAUUUUACGUAAAGGGUGUCUUCGUUAAAGGUUGAACAUCCCUUAAUCUUCCAAUUAGGGCACAAGAGUUCCCUGUAAACUUGAGCUGAGUCCUGCAAAAAUCCAGGAGGAGCUGCCUUGGCAUUCCAGAUGACAGGAAUUAAAAAUAAAAAACCAGCAACAAAACCCACAAACAGCUCAGGCCUUCUCACACCAUCACAAAAAAGGAAAAUCAGAUACAAUCCCAAUUUUUAAAGAAUCCUCUCCUUGUCCUCUUUAAAUCCCAUUUAGGCCUCAAUCGAGCAUUUAAAGACAUGCUUAAUUUUGCAAGUAAUCCAAUUUAAGUGGAUCGGUGCAUUAAUUCCUCUUUAAGAGUUUAUGUGGCUCUAAAACUCUGCUAGGAUCCUUGUUUAAGUCCUCUGUACUGGGGUGAAUUUCACUCUGAGAGCUGAAUAGAAUGGAAUGUAGGGAAUUCGAAGCGUAUACACAGCUGUGCUUUAUUCUAUGGCAAGGCUUUAAAGGGAAAGAUAUUAAUAGCUUUUUUAAUUUUUCAAAUGCUGAUUUGAACAGGAGGGAUAAUUCUUAUCUACUUUCCAAUACAGAACUUUUUGAGGAAGAGGGAUGGGUGGGAGUAGGUGGAAUUAUUAAACAUCUUGAAGAGAAUUUUUUACAUAAAUCUUUAUGCUUUCAAACAAUAAAUUUCCUACCUUUUUGAGAUUUCUUAAUAAUUAAAAUCAUUUUAUUAGCUAUGAUAGAGGUAGAAAAUCACAUUAAAGAAAAGCAUUCUGUCUCAAUGUGUCAUACUAAAUGCUUAUUAAUUUACACCUAUUAUAGUCAAUGUAUUUUCAAGUACAAUUCCCCAGAAUUGUUUCCUAUUGUGUUAAUAAAGUAACAGUUAGAAAUUAGUCCUCAUUUGUAUUUGCUGUAGUUUAAAAAAGUCAUUCCCUUUCAAAUCAAGAGUUAGAGGUAGGUUGUCCGGCGGGCCAUGUGCCAAAGGUUGCAGAUCCCUGUACUAAACUCAUGGCCAUUGAAAAGAAAGCUGACAGUGUGAAGGUAGUUUUUGGUUUGGUUUGGUUUUUUUUAAAUCACCUUAUAUCAGUGACUGUUUGAAAACAAAAACUGAUUCAGGUUGAAGUAUGAGCCUUUUUCUAAAGUGUGAGUCAAACUUGCAGAACCACGCAUGUAUAUUUGUACUGUACAUCUACACUGGGUCCACAGAACCUCUCAGC